AUGCCGCUCAGGGCAGGCGUCGACUGCAUCAAGCAGCUGCUCUUUGGGUUUAACUUGAUCAACUGGCUGGUCGGCGUUGGGGUCUUGAGCCUUGGGCUGUGGCUGCGCUUCGACCCGCAGACCCGGAGCAUCUUCGAGCAAGAGAACCCCCACUCCAGCUUCUACAGGGGCGUGCUUGCCCUGAUUGGCGUGGGCGCGCUCAUGGUGCUGGUGGGCUUCCUGGGCUGCUGCGGGGCCAAGCAGGAGUCCCAGUGCAUGCUGGUUCUGUUCUUCUGCUUCCUCCUGGCGAUAUUUGCCGUUGCGUUCCACGCGGCCCUCUGGGGCAGUUCCCACAAGGACAAGCUGAUCAAGGAAGUGCAGGAUUUUUACAUAGAGGCCUACUCGAACCUGAGGAACAAGGAUAACCGGCAGAGGGAAGCGCUGAGGGUCAUCCACAACGCGCUGAGCUGCUGCGGCGUGGUGGGGGGCGUGGAGCAGUUCAUCUCCGACAUCUGCCCCAAGAAGGAUCUGCUCGGCAGCCUGCAGAUGAAGCCCUGCCCUUUGGCCAUCAGCGAGAUCUUCAACAAGAAAUUCCACCUCCUCAAUGCGUUGGCCAUCGGGAUCUCCUUGGUGAUGGUCUUCGGCAUGGUCUUCAGCAUGGUCCUGUGCUCGGCCAUCCGCGAGGGCGCACGGAGGGGCUAG